GAAGUAAGAGCUGGAAACAAAUUCAACACCACCAUCCCCUUGAAUGCAUCAUAUAUAUUCAGCUUACUACUUUUCCAGUCAAAGGAGGAGUUGGCAGAGAUCGACCAAACAGAUAAUGUAUCGACCCUGUGUGAGGAGUUGCUGCAAAACAUUGAAACAAGGCCUGAUCCUCUUCUGCCACUAACAAACGGACCAGUCAACACAUCAUGGGAUCGAUGGUUUGAAGGGCCCCAGGAGUCAAAAGGUUGCAGAUGCAGAAUACUUUGAUUUGUCGAGUUCUAACAUUUACUGCAAUUUGUUGCAAGAGGGUUGUGAAUCUUCUGUACACAAGAUGUUGACUUACAGCGAGAUUGUUAUCUGAGAUUCGUUAACGAAUGUUUUCCACUGCGUGCAAUACGAGAGUCCUUAGAUGAUUCAAUUCUUUUACAUAUCCAAUCAGCUCGCAUUCAUGUAUGUAAGUCUGUAAAUCGAAUAUAUCUAUUGCAGAGAUUUGAUGCAUGUUAACCGGAAAUCUUAUCUGAUAUUGAGUUGAGUUUUUAUGUUUUCUA